AUCAGUCGGAUGGGAUUGUGUUUUGGUUUGACACCCCUGUGCCUCUCUCUGCCCGAUUCCACUCUCUGCGGAAGAGACCCUCGCUUGUGGUCGGCAAUGGAACGAGAGCAGCGUUCUUCGCCUUGCCUUCGUUCCUCCCAUCUUCCUUUUCUCGUCCUGAUUAAUUUCAGGGUUCCAAUUAUAGCAUUCCCAUGUAAUCAGGUGAUAUCUCUUGCCGCAAUCCGAGUUGUCUGCUUCCGACCUUUGAGGGAUUCCCUCCACCCUCCUCCAUCUUCUUCCUCCGCUCGUCUCCUUCGGAUGUUGCGCUUCUAUCUCCAGGCGGCUCUUUACAAUAUUUGCUUUUGAUGCUUUUAGGAAUGUCAGCGGGUAGAUUUCCGUCAAUGGGAUUGGUUGCUCACUUGGUUCCUAUUGGAUCAUGCGUUAUUUCUUGGGGCUUGGGUUGUCUCGAUGAAAGCGGUUGAGUAGAAAAGAACCACGUUGCGAUUAGAGAAAUUUAUGUGUUUCUUACCUAAUAAUUUGCAGCAGAGAGGCCAUCGUUCCGUACUACUUGCCCUUGCUUCUUGAGAAAGAGUUUACAGUUGCGUGUAUAAAUCCUAGUUUUGGACAUUGAGGUGGAUUUAAGUCAAUUAUCUCGUGAUUGCUGAUGGAUUCUGCGAGGAGUUGGUUACACAAAUUCCAGCCUAGGGACAAGCCUACAUCCAAGAAGAAUGAACUUGGAUCAGAUGAGCAGGAUGAAAAUGAAGAAAACCUUUCGAAGGCUACAAGGCAAAAGGCAGCUGCUGCCAAACAGUACAUAGAAAAUCAUUACAAAGAACAGAUGAAAAACUUGCAAGAGCGCAAGGAAAGACGCGUUAGUUUGGAGAAGAAACUAGCUGAAGCUGAUGUUUCAGAAGAAGAUCAAUACAAUAUUUUAAAGUAUUUGGAGCAGAAGGAGACCUUAUACAUGCGCCUUCAAAGGCAUAGAAUGGGAGCUGAUGAUUUUGAAUUACUUACAAUAAUAGGAAAAGGUGCUUUUGGGGAGGUUAGAGUCUGUCAGGAGAAAGUAACUGGUAAUAUAUAUGCAAUGAAGAAGCUUAAGAAAUCAGAGAUGCUUCGCCGAGGCCAGGUUGAGCAUGUUAAGGCGGAAAGGAACCUACUUGCUGAGGUUGAUAGCAAUUGUAUAGUGAAGUUAUAUUGUUCCUUUCAAGAUGAUGAAUACUUGUAUCUCAUCAUGGAAUACCUACCUGGUGGGGAUGUAAUGACAUUGCUUAUGCGGAAAGAUACACUGACUGAAGAUGAGGCUAGAUUUUAUAUUGGUGAAUUAGUUUUAGCGAUUGAAUCUAUCCAUAAACAUAAUUACAUUCACAGGGAUAUCAAGCCUGAUAAUCUAUUACUUGAUAGAUAUGGACACCUAAAGCUGUCAGAUUUUGGAUUAUGUAAACCGUUGCAUUGCAGUAAUUUUCCAGAUUUGCAAGAAAAGGAUACUGCUAGUGAAAGAGACUGCAGCGGAUCUUCACAGAAUGAUGAGUGGCCAUCAAUACCGAAACGUACACAACAGGAACAGUUAGAGCACUGGCAAAGAAAUAGGAGAAAUUUGGCAUAUUCGACUGUUGGCACACCUGACUAUAUUGCUCCAGAGGUUCUACUUAAGAAGGGUUAUGGGAUGGAGUGUGAUUGGUGGUCACUAGGGGCCAUCAUGUAUGAAAUGCUUGUUGGCUAUCCUCCAUUUUACUCUGAUGAACUUAUGGCAACAUGCAGGAAGAUAGUCAAUUGGCGAACACACUUAAAGUUUCCUGAUGAAGCAAAACUAUCUUUAGAAGCAAAAAAUUUGAUAAGUAAACUAUUGUGUAAUGUUGAAGAACGGCUUGGCACAAAUGGUGCUAGUGAAAUAAAGGCUCACUGUUGGUUCACUGGUGUUGACUGGGACAAACUUUAUCAAAUGGAUGCAGCAUUUAUACCAGAGGUCAAGGAUGAGUUGGACACCCAAAACUUUGAGAAGUUUGAAGAGUGUGAUGCCCAUGUUCACACUUCAUCUAAGUCGGGCCCUUGGAGAAAAAUGCUCUCGUCCAAGGAUCUGAAUUUCAUGGGAUACACAUAUAAGAACUUUGAAAUAGUUCAUGAUCAUGAAGUGCCUGGAAUAGCUGAGUUAAAGAAGAAGAGCAAAUCUAAGAAGCCAAGUAUCAAGUCACUUUUUGAAUCCUCAGAAGCAGAAGGUCAAUCUGGAGAACCUGUUUAAUGAAACUACCAUAAUGUUUCUAUGGAGUCGUUUCAAGCCAAGGUUUGUCAAAAUCGAGCACUUGACACUGUUUGCAAGCAGAGUGAGGCAAGAGCCUAUGCAAAUUCUUUAAUUACCAAAUAUAGUGGCAGUGCAAAUUAUGCUACUUCAAGCAGUAGCGGAUCUGUUCUAGUUGUAUUUUCUUGUAAAAAUUCUUGUUGUAAUUUUCCAAUCGAUUGAAUGGUUCGUUUUGUUUUGUUUUUCUUUUAUUGGUGACUAUUUAAUACGUAUUCUAAAACAAUUAUGGACUCUUGAGACAUUAAUUUAUACUUUUUUUAAUCA